AUUAGCUCUGAAUAAAAUGGACGACAGUGGUGCUAUAGAAACAAGGGAUAUAAGUAAAACAGAAACAUCACCAAUUAAAUCCCCAAUCAAAAUAUUGGGGGAAAGAAAUUUCCAGCCUUUCUUGAGCAGUCGACAGUUGAUUUAUAAUAAUCCAUUAUCAUGUAAAUCAGAUUUCCAGAUUGCACGUCGAGACAAAACAAUCAAACAUCUUGAGUUGGAUCAAACUGCCGCUAAACAAUCGAUCAAAGAACAAAAGGAAGAGAAUGGAAAACUACAAGCUCGUAUGCAGGCAUUACACAUCACCUCACAAAGUGAACAAGAAGUUCUAAAUAGUGAAGUUGCAAGAAGAGAAGAAUUGGUGAACAGAUACAAGUUGAAACAUCUUAAUUUUGAAGAAAGAAAUGAACAGCUUACAGCUAAGGUUGAAACGCUCGAAUCUUCAAAACAACAACUUGAACACCAACACUCGAUGGUGCUACGUGAGUUGGAUUCAAAGGAAGAUUCUCUUCGUCAACUACAGAUGCGACUUCAAGAAGCUCAGAGGAUGCAAGCCGCCGCAUCAGAAGAAGCAACUCAUGCGAAAGAGUCUUUGGAACAUUGUAGAAGAGAUAGCAGUAUUAUGCAAGAACAACUCGAUCAUAUGGAAAAAUCAUUCGCCAAUUCUGAACAUAGAAAUAAAUCGUUGAAGGAAGAUGUUGGUACACUACAAUCACAACAAAAGGAAUUACUUCGUAGACUCGCUAGUCGUGAUGAUAUGCUGCAUAAAGUAACUGUGGAAGCUACAAGAUUAAAAGAGAAAUACAGACUUGCUACUUCCCAGAGUGGGCAAAGCAACGAAACGAUCCGAAUGUUGGAAGAUGAACUUGCAAAGACAAGAGUUGAUUUAUCAGAAACAACACGUUGUAAUGAAGAAGAGUUAUUGAAAUCGAAACGUAAAUCGUCUGAACUUGAGCGUGACGUGUCAGAACAACAACAACGAUAUCAAGCGUGUUAUCAACAAUUACUACAACAAGAAGCUGAGGUCGCUAAGCUGAAAGAAGAAACUGAAAAACAAGAUGAAAAAAUACAAAACAACAACAAAGAACUUAACAAGUUGAGGUCUUAUAAACACAAGACAGAACUUGAUGUGGCAGUUCUAACCGAGAAAUAUAGAACCGCGCAAGAAGAAGUAACCAAGCGUGACCAAAUCAUUUUACGAACGAACACUGAGUUAAAUACAACCAACGAGCAAUUCAAGGGAACCAAGGAAGAAAACGAGAUGCAUUUGGAAGAGUUGGAAAGAUUGAAUUCAAAGAUCAAACAACUCAAUGCAGAUAUUAAAGAUAAUGUUGAAAAGAUAGAAGAACAAGCAUUGCAAUUGAAACAAGAAAAAUCCAGUUCUGACCAGUUGAAACAAAGACUGGAUACAGCAGAGCAGGAACUGAGGGUGACCACCAAGUCAUGUGACCAUCUGCAGAAUGAACUUGAAAAUGUGAGGCGAGAAUUGAGAGCGGAAAUUUCCAGCGCAAAUCAAGAAGCAGAAAGAUUAAGAUCCGAGUUAAGUCGAGUACAAACUGAACUUAAAGAAUCCAAAUAUGAAGUUGAAGCUGGUAAGAAACAUUCAGCGAGGUUACAAAGUGAACUUGACGGGGCAUCGAGGAACCAACAGGAGUUAUUAGAUGAGCUGAAUAAGUGUGAAGAUACCCUCCAAAGUCAACUGGAUGAACUGGCAAAUUUGAAACGACAAAAAUUCCAAACAGAUGAUGAGCUUGCCACUACCAAGUCAUCACUUGACAAUACAACUCAUCAGUUAAACUUGACGCGACAAAAGUACGACGAGAGCUUAGCUAGGUUGAACGACACACAGACCAACUUACAAACAAUUGAAAAUCAACUUGAGAUUGUGAAAACUGAGGUUAAUGAAAAAGAUGAACUAAUCAACAGUUUAACAUCAGACCUAACCAGUGCACAAGAAUCUAUACAAGACAGAAGUGAACAGCUAUCAACAAUGGAGGAAGUGAUAGGAGAACUCACUAAUGAACUUCAGAAAUCCCAGGAUGACGGAAAAUUAACAAAACAUCGCUUACAAACCAUGAGAGAUGAAAACGAUAUUUUAUCGGAAAGGUUGCUUGAAAAACAACAGGAAAUUGCAACUGUUGAAGAUAACUUGCAUAAAGCUAAAUCUGAUUAUGAUGCAAUAAAAGUGACUCACACGCACAGUAACGAGGAGUUUAAUGAACGACAAGAAGUUAUAUUGAAUCUUGAGCGUCAGAUAGGCGACAUGAAAAGCCACAUAUCCGACAAACAACACCAGGUUGAUGCUUCACAAAAGUUACUUCACGAAAUGAAUGAGAAAUUAAAACAAUGUGACGUAGAUAAACAAAACAUGGAGAAAGAGGUUUCACAGUUAGAAAUGGAAUUAUUAAAAGCUCAGAAGAAUCUCGAUGAAGCUGAAGCAGUUAAACUUGUUGCUGUUGAACAAGAGAAAGCCAAAGUUGGAAAUCUUAAUCGGCAACUCGAGUUUGAAAAGCAUCAAAGUGAAGGUUUUAAACAGGAAAUUUCUCAGCGUGAUCAACUACUCAACAAACUGAAAUCAGAUUUAUUCGCUUGUCACCAAAAUGUUUCGCAGAAAAAUGAAGAAAUUGAACAAUUAGAAGCAACAUGUAACCAACUACAGGUUGAACUGGAUCGAGCUGUGAGGAUGAAGAAUGAAGCGGAGGUUCGAAGGAGCGAGUUGAAUGAUCAUCUGGAGGAAGUUGCGCAUCAGCUGGAAGAAACGAGAUCAAAAUAUCGGGAAUGUGCUCAGGAGCUUGCACAUUACGAGGAGAGAGUCGUCUUAAAAGAACAAAGUUUAUUAUCAACGCAAAAUGAACUCAGUGAAAAAGUUACAAACCUUGCUAGAUCUGAACAAGUCAAUAAAAGAUUGCAGGCUGAACUACGUCAACUAAAAGAGCGAUGUAACUCAGCUGAUGAUGAAAUUAAUCAACAAACAAGAAUCGCCAGCAAGUUGAAAAGCGAGGUCGAAGAUUGGAAGCAACAGCAUCACCUGGUGGUGGAACAAAACUCUCGCAACCAGGAAGCAUCGAGAGGGAUAAGCGAGGAACUUGCUGAGGUCAAAGCUCAGAAUAGAAACAUGCAACAUGAGGUUAAAACUAAAGACGAUGGUCUCACUUCACUCGAAAGGGAGCUUGAAAUUGAAAGAAAACGGCACAGUGAUGCGCAAUAUGAAAUUGAGAAGCUUAAUAAAGAAUGUGCAACAUUAAACGGCAACACUGAAAAGCUGGAGAAAUUAAGAAUUGAAUUACAGAAAGAGUUGAAAGAAAGUGUUUCAAAAGUUUCAAAACUUGAAGAAAAACUUGAAUGCGUUGAAUCAAAACUGAAAGAAUCGCGAAGUGAGAUACGAGAUCUUAAGGACGAGGUGGCAGAACAGAAACGUGGAGUGGCUGAUGCUAAGUCAAACCUCGCUAUUAAACAGAAAGAGAUUGAAAGAACUGAAGAAGUGCUCAGUGUUGCCAAACAAGAAUUGGAAGCAAGUCAGCUUCAGUAUAAAGAUUGCCACAUGAAUAUGUUGGAAACACAGCAAAAACUAAAUGACCUCAAAAUGCAGCUCACAUCUGUGGAAGGAACGAAACAAGAAUCAAUGGACCAACUGGGUCAAAGUUCACAAGAGAACGCAACGCUUAAAACUGAACUUCAGAAAUCGUGGCACGAUAACCAGGCGAUGGCGCAAGAGAUUGGAGCGUAUGAAGAUAAACUGCGCAAGUUACGAAACGAACUUCGAAAAGUUCAAAACUUAAACAAAGAAGCUGAAGAAGAAGUUGAACAAUGUGAAGCAAGAUUAGAAGAUAUGUCAAGAGAACUUCGUGAAAAUCAGGAGAAAAAUCGUCUGAGUAUUUCUGAGAUUGCAAAGAAGGAAGAACAACUUGUUGUAUUGAAGGUUGAGUUGUCAACUCUGCAGGGAAAAUACAAAAAACUUGACGAUGAUUUCCAGAUAAAUAAGCAUUUACUCGAUUCAAUGCAAGAAAAACAUUCAACUUGCAACCAUCAGAUUGAAAGUUUACAGCGAGAGUUGGAGGGGUGUAGAAAGGAUGGGGCGAGGUUGCGCAACGAGAGUGAAGCCGUCGUGGAAAACGUCAACGCAUGGGUGAAGGAACAGAAACUUACCAAUGAUCGACUUUCUGAUAGAUUAAAAGAACAAACUAAAGAUCUCGCUCAAGUUGCAGCAGAAAGAGACAAUCUUCAUGCUGCUAACAGAAAACUAAGUGAGGAUCUGAAUCGACUCAAACUAAAUGUUGAUGAUCUGAAGUCAGAAGCUGAUAAGAGUAAAGCAUUACAAAGACAUUCAGGAGAACAACAGAACAUGAUCCUCCAGUUGAGAAAUCGAUUAAAAGCAACGGAAGAAGACCAGGAAGUUGCUCUUCGUGAUAAAAACUCAUCUCUUGAAGAUCUUCAUCGAAGAUUGAAACAAAACGUGGAUUGCAUUCAACAACUCAACCAUCAGUUGAACAACUUAAACAAGGAAAACAUUCGGCAACGAUCGUUGGUUGAACAAGAGUUGAGUGCAAGGAAAAGUCUUCAACUGCAGUUGGAGGCGAAAGAACAAACUAUUAUGGGUCUACGUGCACAGAUAGAGGCUCGUUCUUUCACAUCACCAGCAAGAGAUUCAAGCCACGUACCUAACUUUGACAGAAGUCUACGUUCGUCCAGCAGAAAUGGGGCAACUGAGGCUGCAAUUGUAGACGCAAAAUCAACGGGAAUUACUUCACCUGAAAAACUUGACAAAAAUUACUGGCUGCAACGAGCAGGCGAGCUGACACUACAGCUUCAACAAAGCAGUUCAUAUUGGUCAGACAAAGUGAAAGACCUGUCAGCACAGCUUGACGAAUCAAACGCAUCAAUUAAGGCUUAGGAAUUUUUAAUAUUUUGGAGGGAACCUUUGAUGCCUCAAACUAUUCAAACAAAAUCAACUUCAGGCUGCUUUUUAAAAUCAUGUUUCGAAUUACUUAUUUGGCUGCUACCAGUGUUGUAUAUUAUGAAAAAAAGUAUAAAAAUGGUGUUUUUGUAGCAGGGUCAUUUUAAAGACCGCUGUUACUUUUGUAAUUUAUUUGAUAAUUUGAAAAAUAUUUUUUAGCUGUUUUUUAUUGGUAGAUCUGCAAUUUCUUCAUAUACUUUUUACAAUUAUUUUUUUACUGAUUGCACAAAAUAUAUCAAUAAUAUAUGUAUGAGAAAUAAAAGUAUUUUUAUAACUUGUAGAUAUGGUUGCAGUACUGGUGACAUAUUUAUUAAAUUUUCUACAAAAAAA